AUGUGUGAUCCGCAAUUUUGUGUCUACAAGAAUCAGCGGCAGCCAUCUGGCGACAAGCCCGUCGACCUCAUCGUUUGCGCAGGACGUCAAUGUACCGUGUCAACCUACCACAAGACAUGCGUGGGACGAGCGAAUGCUGCGAAGUAUCCAGACAACACUAAUUGGCAUUGUCGAUCAUGUCGCAGCGUGCCGGCGAGUAUAGCUCCGAGCUCCCAUCUCCAGAGUCAGCUCAGGCCUUCCACCCCCAUCAAGGCUGCCCCUGUCUCUUACCUUGAGAACCCGCUCGCAACAGGCGUAAAAGCCGAAGUGGUAGUGCCUGUGGACCAUGAGCCUCCACUCCAUUCAGAGCAACGCGAAAUUGUCGACGCUGUAAUGAACGGCUACAAUGUGUUCUAUACCGGAUCGGCAGGUACAGGCAAGAGUACUGUCCUCAAAGCGUAUGUAAAGAAACUCAAGGAAAUGGGAAAACAUGUUGAUAUCAUUGCACCUUCGGGUAUUGCUGCUGUAAACGUUGGCGGAGGCACAUUCUUUAGCUACAUGGGUUGUAGGCCAGACGACUUCAGGCUUGAUCUCGAAAAGUUCCGACGCAAAGCACACGGCAAGAAGGUUCAGGCACGCAUCGGCGCCACAGAUGUACUCAUCAUCGACGAGAUCUCAAUGGUAGAGGCUCAGCUCUUGACGCGGCUCGAUAUUGCUAUGCGAGAGGCGAGAAGCUAUUGGACAAAGCCACGUGAUAAGGCUGUCCUUUCUCGCCGUGACGGCGGACUGCCCUUCGGCGGAGUGCAGAUUGUGGUGACUGGAGACUUUUGUCAGCUUCCUCCAGUCAAGCCAUUCGAAUACUGUCUGUACUGCGAUGGUGGCGAGAUGGAGACAUUGAACAAUUCUGGAGGAGGGCCCAAGACAUGCAAAAGAUGUCAUCGAGUGUACAAGGACGAAGACAAGUGGGCAUUCAAGAGUCCAGCUUGGGCUGGCGCCGAUUUCUUGUAUUUCGAGCUCAAGGAAAUCCAUCGACAAAACGACUUGGCGUUCAUUAAGCUCCUCCAGAAAUGCCGCUUUGGUGUCCACCUUCCUCCCCAGGAAAGACGCCUGCUUUGCCAGAAAAGCCUUGCAGAUCCCGUCAAGCUCAUGCCGACACGAGCUGAGGUGCAAAGAGAGAAUGAAGCUGGCUUGCGUCGACUAAGACAAAGAUCGCUUUUCCUGGACUGCCUCGACAUGUUUGACCGACGGAACUCGGAAGAUCCUACCACAGCCUUUCUUGGUGAGCCCAAGUACGAGAAUAGGCCAGAUGGUCCUCUGAAAGCACUGAGCACUGAACGUUUCGAGGAGAAGAUUGAGCUGAAGAUUGGAACUCUGGUUUUGCUGCUCGUCAACCUUGACUUUGAAGCCAAGCUAGUCAAUGGUACACAAGGGAAGAUAGUGGAUCUCAAGCCCUGGGAUCCU